GGCCUAGGGUCAUCGGCCAAAGCAAAGCCAAAAACAGCGUCUUUGGGGGCUAAAGAUGAGUUACUUGGGUGUCGGAAUCAGUCCCGUUUACCACGGCGCCAAUAUGAAAUCGAUCGAUCGAAGAGUGAAGCUGACUGAGCUGAUUCUGAGGUGUUCGGUGUGUGGCCUCGGUCUCGUCGCGGCCCUACUCGUUGGGACGGACACCCAGGUCAAGGAAAUCUUCACAAUCCAGAAGAAGGCGAGGUUCACCGACAUGAAAGCCCUUGUGUUCUUGGUGAGCGCGAAUGGCGUAGCCGCUGCGUAUUCUCUGGUGCAGGUGAUUCGAUGUGCGGUGGGUAUGGUGAAAGGAAGCGUCUUGUUCAGUAAACCCCUUGCCUGGGCCAUUUUCUCCGGUGAUCAGGCCAUAGCAUACUUGUGCGUUGCGGCCAUAGCAGCGGCAGCACAGUCGGCGGCAUUUGCCAAGUUGGGAGAGAGUGAGCUUCAGUGGAUGAAGAUAUGCAACAUGUACGGAAAGUUCUGCAACCAGGUAGGGGAAGGAAUAGGGAGCGCCUUGUUUGCUGCGAUUGGAAUGGUCAUGGUCUCUUGCAUUUCGGCUUUCAGCCUGUUCCGCUUGUACGGUGGCAGCAAAGGCCGUCAAAGCUGGUGAAGCUUUGGUGUGAGCCUUUUGCGUUGUUGACAAUAAGAUAAUAGUUUCAAUCUGGGCGUCGUCUUGUCUCUCUGUAUCUUGAUGUGCAUAUAUCAUCGUGCCAUUGUCGUUGUGUUAAGCAGCAAAGCGUGUCUGAAAAUGGGCAUUUGUGUUAGGAUUCAAGGCUUUGUUCUUUUCUUCUUG